AAACAAUCCUUGAUCUGUCGAAAACCCGAAGAUUGUCGUCAUGGGCAAUCUUGCGCGCGGGUCGAUCAUUCGCGGUCGAACCUUCUUCGCCGCCACUAUGUGCGCUGACAAAUCCCUCGACGCUAUCAAAUAUAUAGAGGACCGUCGAUAACCCGUCCCCGAUCCAAUAUCAAAAUCCCUAUACCAACUACCAUAACAACAUGUCUGGCGAACUCAUUCUCGUUACCGGAGUCACUGGCUAUAUCGGAGCCUGGACUGCCGAGGAGCUCUUGAAGAAGGGAUACCGUGUCCGUGGUACCUCCCGUUCCGUCGAGAAGGCCGAUUUCUUGAAGCAGCGCUGGUCGCAAUACGGUGACAAGUUCGAGGUCGUCGAGGUCAAGGAUCUCGUCCAGGAUGGUGCGUUCGACAAGGCCGUCGCUGGCGUCGAUGGUAUCAUGCACAUCGCUUCCCCCUUCCACUUCAACGUUCAGGACCCCUACAAGGACCUCAUCGACCCCGCUGUCAAGGGAACCAAGUCCCUCCUCGAGGCUGCACACAAGCACGGUGACAAGGUCAAGCGCGUCAUCGUCACCUCCUCCUUCGCCGCCAUGAUGGAGCCCCAUGAUGCCGGAUACGAGUUCACCGAGGAAGACUGGAACCACGACUCCAUUAACCACCUCGACAACCCCAUGCACGCCUACCUCGCCUCCAAGUCCGAGGCCGAGAAGGCCGCGUGGAAGUUCAUUGAGACUGAGAAGCCCAAGUUCGAGUUGGCCGUCAUUAACCCCGUCUACGUCUUCGGGCCUUACAUCCACCAGGUCAAGGAUGCGGAGUCGAUCAACACCUCCGUCGGACUUGUUUUCAACUACCUCUCCGGAAACGCAACGGACGUCCAGGUUAAUCAGCCCACUGACCCCACCUUCUACGUCGAUGUCCGCGACAUCGCCGAGGCUCACAUCAAGGCCUACGAGGUCAAGGAGGCUGCUGGUCAGCGCUUCAUCUGCACUGGUGGUCCCUUCACUUACCAGCAGAUUGCCGAUGUCUUGCGCAAGGAGUACCCUGAGCUCAAGGACAUCCCUGAGGGUCAGCCUGGAAAGAACUACGAGGUUGGUGUUAAGGCUUCCAACGAGCGUGCGAAGAAGGUUUUGGGCAUCAACUUCAUUUCUUUGGAGCAGUCUAUCAAGGACACUGCUGUUGAUUUGAAGAAGCAGUUCCUUUAAGUGGUGAGGAGUUUCGAGAUGCGUGUACGUUAAAAUGGGAUGGAAAAUGAUACAAUAUUUGGUACGAUAGACGUUGAUACAAUUAAACAUAUCCCUCACACGAUCACGAGUUCCAUGGUCUCAGUGAUCCAAAACCUCCAUUAACAUGAGUUUCCCUAGAUGACGGCAGGCAUAAUAUGACCCGCCAUUUGACCCUCCAUCUUUUUGGACUGACAUCCUUUGACUUCAUCGUCUGACUU